AGGUGGAUGCUGAAGGGGCAAGUCUGAUGUAAAACGAAAGCUGAGUGGUGACAAUAAGGUCUUCGAAGGGUUGGGCUCCUGCUCCUUUAAAUGCCCACUGGCUGAAACACUUGAGUCUGACUGUAUUCUGUUUCUCUUCUGUUCAGAAGUAGCGUGGUGCUUCUGGUUACUUAUAUGCAGGAUUGCGUCACUUGUUAAGCGGCGGAACUCAGCGGAACCUCGCUGCUGCUGAAAUCCCGGUCCCCAGCCUACCGACCGCCUACCCAAGUAUGUGUUGUAUUGAGACGCCUGCGCUCCAGGAAUCUCUGGUGCAGUCUACUCUCUGCAGGGGCGAAGCAAAUUUAGCGAACUUGCAAUUUGGGAACAGAGCAGUAAGAACCGCUCUACUGGGAUAUGACAUAGAAGGAUGGCUUUUGGCUAAAUUGGGGCAGGAAGAGACUGUCUCAAAUCUACCUUGUCACAUUUGUCUUGGACCUCAUUGCAUCUAGAAGGAUGGGCCAGAAUCAUGUGCUUUUGACUCUAUUUCUCAGAUAAGUAACAUGGAGGUCCAGAAAAAUUUAAACUGCAGAGCACUGCUGUCUUCUGAUGUAUCCACAUAGCUUUUCCGUCUGCAUUAUCGUAUUUCAUUUUCUGAACAACCCAAUAAGGAGCAUUGAAACCAAGUAACAGAGGUUGAGUGAUUUCACCUCAGUUUCACAGAUGUGGAGCCAGGAUUCAGACUCAGUGAGUUGGCCUGAGGAGUUUUUACUGACCGCACAACCCAGAUCUAUUUAAGUCUUUUACUUUUGACCCCCACAACACCUUAUGGUUCAUUCUGUCACAGCAGUGACAAUACACAGUUACCAUCAGUUGUUUGGAGACAUGGUCUUGCUAUGAAGUUUAGGCUGGUCUUGAAUUCACUAUGUAGUCCAGGCUGGCCUCCAAUUCAUGGCGGUCCUCCUGCCUCAGCCUCCUAAGUGCUGAGAUUACAGGCAUGUCCCAGGAUGCCUAGUUGAUUUCCAUUUCUGUAGCCAUUAGAUUGCGACUAACUUGGGAGUAAGGACCAUAGCUGAUUCAUCUUGUUAGUUCUGAUUUCUAAUACUAGACACAGCAAGUAUUAGGAGGGAAUAAAUAUUUGUUAGAUAAACAAAGCAGUAGGAAUAGUUGCAUGGCUUGUAUUGAGAGCAUAAAAAUAGAAAUAAUAAGACAUGUCCAGUGUCCUUACGGUUAUCAUCCAAAACCACAGCAUAAUUAUUUUUCUCCAGUACUUCACAGCCUUACAACCACUAUCCUUAAUUGCUACAGAAAAAUACAAACAAACAAAAAAAAACAUUGAGCUGCUUUUCUCCUAGAGGACUUAAAAUCACUUCCUUGUUUUGCCAUCAGAAUAUAGCUCUGUACUUUUAAAAAAAUGUGCCUUGAGCUGUUUUCCAUGAUUUGGGAGUUACUGACUCAGAUUGAAUCCCAGGAGUGGGGUAACUAGGACAAAGGAAAUGAACAUUUUUAUUGCUCUCGCUUCAUAUAUCAGACUGCUUUCCAGUAAGGGAUUGUGCCCAUUGAACACUGAAGACCUGUGUGAAAUUCAGCUCCAAGAAACUCUGAACCUUGCUUGUCUCAAUAGUUGGUUUAAAUUUCUCCAUUCUGCCAUUGCUUGUUAAUAUUAGUUCUGACCUUUGGGGCAAGGUGAACACAUGGUUGGACUGAAGAGAAAAAGCUCCAAGUGGCUCAGGAACUUCUUUGGCAAUUACAGCAGCUGAUAUUUCCACAGUACACAAACACCCCUUAACAAGAGUGCUUCCUCAGCCUUCCCAGAAGCCAACGAACAUUUCCAAGUUUCCUCUUUGAUGCCACCCACUGGACUUGCUUUGGAGGUCUGUAAAUGCAAGAGAGCAGAUUGUUGGAUAACUAGGAAUGGAAGAAAAAUUCUCUAAGAGAACAGAUGUUUAGCAUCAGGUUGUUUAUUUCUAUUUGUUCUGUUUUCCUGAUGUGGAAUUCAUCACAAUAAAUUUUCCUCUGAGGACUGCUGUCAUUGAAUCCAACAGGUUCUGACAAAAGAAUUUUUUACCUCUUAGGAGAGAUAGAUUAGAUUGAUCUGGACUAUUCCAGUGGUAUUGGCUACUGCACUACCAGCUGAAGUGAUUUUCCACCAGUUCUCGCAAGCAUCCAUACCCCAGUUUACCAAUUCCCCCACAAUGGUGAUCAUGGUGGGUUUACCUGCUCGAGGCAAGACCUACAUCUCCACGAAGCUCACAAGAUAUCUCAAUUGGAUAGGAACACCAACUAAAGUGUUUAAUUUAGGCCAGUAUCGACGAGAGGCAGUGAGCUACAAGAACUACGAAUUCUUUCUCCCAGACAACAUGGAGGCCCUACUUAUCAGGAAGGUUUUUCUGUUUCUUUCUCUAAUUUUUUUCAGACAAUGUGCUCUGGCAGCCCUGAAAGAUGUCCAUAACUAUCUCAGCCAUGAGGAAGGUCAUGUUGCGGUUUUUGAUGCCACCAAUACUACCAGAGAACGACGGUCACUGAUUCUACAGUUUGCUAAAGAACAUGGUUACAAGGUCUUCUUUAUUGAGUCCAUUUGUAAUGAUCCUGAUAUAAUUGCAGAAAAUAUCAAGCAAGUGAAACUUGGCAGCCCUGAUUACAUAGACUGUGACCGGGAAAAGGUUCUGGAAGACUUUCUAAAGAGAAUUGAGUGCUAUGAAGUCAACUACCAGCCCUUGGAUGAUGAAUUAGACAGCCAUCUAUCCUACAUCAAGAUCUUUGAUGUGGGCACACGCUACAUGGUGAACCGAGUGCAAGACCACAUCCAGAGCCGUACAGUCUACUAUCUCAUGAACAUCCACGUCACACCACGUUCCAUCUAUCUAUGCCGGCAUGGUGAGAGUGAACUCAAUCUCAGAGGCCGCAUCGGAGGUGACUCAGGCCUCUCAGCUCGGGGAAAGCAGUAUGCCUAUGCUCUGGCCAACUUCAUUCAAUCCCAAGGUAUCAGCUCCUUGAAGGUAUGGACGAGCCACAUGAAGAGAACUAUUCAGACAGCUGAGGCUCUCGGUGUCCCCUACGAGCAGUGGAAGGCCCUGAAUGAGAUUGAUGCGGGUGUCUGUGAGGAAAUGACCUAUGAAGAAAUCCAAGAACACUACCCUGAAGAAUUUGCACUACGGGACCAAGAUAAAUAUCGUUACCGCUAUCCCAAGGGAGAGUCCUAUGAAGAUCUGGUUCAGCGUCUGGAACCAGUUAUAAUGGAGUUAGAGCGACAGGAGAAUGUAUUGGUGAUCUGCCACCAGGCUGUCAUGCGAUGCCUUCUGGCCUACUUCCUGGAUAAAAGUUCAGAUGAGCUGCCCUAUCUCAAGUGCCCUCUGCACACAGUGCUUAAACUCACUCCUGUGGCUUAUGGCUGCAAAAUGGAGUCCAUUUACCUGAAUGUGGAGGCUGUGAACACACAUCGGGAAAAGCCUGAGAAUGUGGACAUCACUCGGGAACCUGAGGAAGCCCUGGACACUGUUCCUGCCCAUUACUGACCUCUUUCCAAGAAUCAAAGUGCCUCUGUCCUGUCUUCCAUCUUUAUGAGCUUUUUUAUCCUUUCUUUUCUCAUACCUUAAGAAAAUGCCGGCCUUUGCCUUAUUGGAAGAACACUACUUCUAGUAAAGAAAUCAUUAGCAGCUCCAAGACAGGUGUGUUUUUAAACACAAAUAAGAAGCUGCCUAUCUCUGGAUGAAACACUUUAUUAAUUCCUAUUCUCUUAUCAAAAGGCUUCUCUUACUGCCUAUUGGAGGACAGGAAAUGGUCACAUUUAGGUUUGUCUUACUGUUUUCAAGAUUCUGAUCCUGAUCUUGACCUAGCUCUGGUGCUGUAAAUGGGUGAGGACUUUCCAGAGAAAAGAGAGUAGCACCUCAAAAGAUGAGGGAGAAGAUUGACUAUCAAAGUGAAUGAGGGCAGGACACCCUCAUCCUUAUACUCAGAGAAUCUUGCACUUAUACAAAGUUCUCUUUUUCAACAGUUGUUGCUAUCUUGAAUGAUUUCACUAUCCAUGUGAAUGACAACCAGAAACCUGGCCUCCCAGUCCCCUAACCUCAAACAGAUCUUGGAAUCAUAAUCCUGGGCUGACUUCUUAAAUACAAGCAUCCCACUAUUAUCCAGGAGUUCUUACAAAGGUAGUCAUGCAUGUGGUAUUUCUUUAAUGAGAACAGUAAUUGUUCUUUUACAACAUCAGGAGUGUAGUCCUUUGAUUUCUUUAUUGUCUCCCAAACCCAUUCUCUACUUUCUCAGUGUUCGUCCAUCCCUAAUCAGUUUGGAUCCUAUGGUCCGUCUCUUCAGCCACUCUCCAUAUAUGAAAUAUAGAUCAGGUACCAGUGACCCAGUGGUAAAAAUAUUCACAAUUUCUGUGUUCUCUUGUCCUUUGUUCACAACCACCCAGCAAGAUUCAAACUUUGAGUAAUCCAUGCCUCCUUUUUUGUUAGGAUCUAUUAAAGGUUUGCCAAUCAGUGCUUGAAGUAGAUUUGUAUUUAUUUCCUAAACCACUCCUAAAUCCUGUUGAAAUCUAGGGUCACCAUCUAUUCUCUGCCAUCCUAUCCCACCCCACCUUCUCAAACUACAUCAUCGUAUUCCUUACUCUCCCAUAUCUACCUCUUGGUCCUCUCUAUUGGCAUUGGUGCAAGUCUACACAAUAUGUUCAAGUCUCUCUACUAUCUCAAGGAAACCCUCCCUUUUCCCUACAUCUACCUCAAUAGCUCCCCUUUUGUUCCUCCAUUCUUACGCAUAUUACUCAAUGAAUCUAUACUUGUACUAUUCUGAAUUGUCUCCUUUUACCAUCUAUCUGUUCCAUGCUUUCCCAAGCUAUUAUGCCCUAGCCUGCCAUGCUUUCUCAGGCCUCUCUUUCACUGAAGAAAUACCUGCUUUUUGAACUCAAGCUGUAGCCCCACAUUUCCCAAAAACUAUGCUGAUUUCUAGCUCUUCUAUGAAACCAAAAUGUCAUUCAUGACUACCUAAUCACAUUAAAAAAUGAAAAACAAUUGCA